GCUCCCGCCUGAAAAUGACAUUUCACCAGCGUCUCCGGAGGGGGCUGAAUUUCACUUUGUAACUUUCUGCGGAACCCGAGCCCGGGUGGCAGCUCGGGUGGUGGUAUCGUAUGCAAAUACGCAUGCUGACGUUACAGAUCAUGUGGGUUUUGGCGUAGAUUCCCCACUGAUCGAGGCAUUUUUUCCCCCUUUUUUUUUCCUUUUUUUUUCUUUUUUUUUUCUUUUCUUUUUUUUUUCUUUUAAAAAAUUUGGCCACCGUUCUCCGUACGGGGGCUUUUUCUGUCUGUCUGUCUAGUAGGCUGGCUUUCCCCCUCUUUCCCACGGAGCCCGAGCCGGGCGCCGGGUGGGGAGUGGGGAGUGGGUGGGGGGAGCCAGCAGAGUUCCAUUUUGGAACGCCCGUGCCUCGUCUCCGCGCUCCCAGCCCGGGUCCCCGCGUUCCCAGCCCCGGCACAGGUCUCCACACACUGGCUGCUCUCGGAGCUGAGCUGGAAGGAGGUUCCCAGGAUGUAAGCCACACGAGAUGCUAUGACGCUACCUGGUGUGUGCAGCAAUUGGUGCAGUUACACUUUUCUGUGCUGAAAUCAUUCUGAAAACUCCAAGGGGAGACUACAGCAUUCAAGGAAGCCAAAGCCAUUUGAGGGAGAAUAAAGCCAAAAGCCUUUUCUCUGAUUUAUUCCAAGAAUUUCACUGCCCUCCCACUACCCUCCUCCAAAAUUUAGCCAUUGCACACUGCUAGCAUGGCGAGCAAGCGAAAAUCCACAACCCCGUGCAUGGUCCGGACAUCCCAAGUGGUGGAACAAGACGCGCCCGAGGAGGCAGACCGGGCCAAAGAAAAAGGCAUGGGCAUGCCACAGCCUGACACCGCCAAGGAUAGCUGGGCAGCAGAACCCGAAAACGCUUCCAAAGAGAACGAAGUGAUCGAGGUGAAAUCAAUGGGGGAAAACCAGUCCAAAAAACUCCAAGGGGGUUAUGAGUGCAAAUACUGCCCCUACUCCACCCAAAACCUGAACGAGUUCACGGAGCACGUGGACAUGCAGCACCCCAACGUGAUCCUCAACCCCCUCUACGUGUGUGCCGAAUGUAACUUCACAACCAAAAAGUACGACUCCUUGUCUGACCACAACUCCAAGUUCCAUCCUGGGGAGACCAACUUCAAGCUGAAGUUGAUCAAACGCAACAGUCAAACCAUCUUGGAGCAGUCCAUUGAAGCCACCAACCACGUGGCAUCUGUCACCACCAGUGGCCCUGGAGGGAAUGACAAUGAUCCCGGCAUCUCAGUGAGCAAAACCCCCAUCAUGAAGACAGGAAAACCAAAAGCAGAUGCCAAGAAGCCGCCCAAGAAGCCCGAGGAGGCCACCCACGAGCACCACGCGGAAGGGACGGCCCGCCUGAUGACAGACACUGCUGAGAUCCUCUCGAGACUGGGAGGUGUGGAGCUCCUCCAAGACACAUUAGGACACGUCAUGCCUUCUGUACAGCUGCCACCAAAUAUCAACCUUGUCCCCAAGGUCCCCGUCCCACUGAAUACUACCAAAUACAACUCUGCCCUGGACACAAAUGCCACCAUGAUCAACUCCUUCAACAAGUUCCCUUACCCAACGCAGGCUGAGUUGUCCUGGCUGACAGCUGCCUCCAAACACCCAGAGGAGCACAUCCGAAUCUGGUUUGCCACGCAGCGCUUAAAACACGGCAUCAGCUGGUCCCCCGAGGAGGUGGAGGAGGCCCGGAAGAAGAUGUUUAACGGCACCAUCCAGUCAGUACCACCGACGAUCACUGUGCUGCCCGCCCAGCUGACCCCCACGAAGAUGUCACAGCCCAUCCUCCAGACAGCUCUGCCAUGCCAGAUCCUUGGCCAGACCAGCCUGGUGCUGACUCAGGUGACCAGCGGGUCAACAACCGUCUCUUGUGCCCCCAUCACAUUGGCUGUGGCCGGAGUGGCCAACCAUGGCCAGAAGAGACCAUUGGUGACUUCCCAAGCUGCCCCUGAGCCCAAGCGUCCACACGUCACCCAGGUGCCAGAGCCUCCGCCCAAGGUGGCCCACCCCCCACCCACCCCAGCUAGCGACCGCAAGAAGACCAAGUUGCAGAUAGCACACCUCAAGGCCAGCUUCCUCCAGAGCCAGUUUCCCGAUGAUGCUGAGGUCUACCGGCUCAUCGAGGUCACCGGCCUGGCCAGGAGCGAGAUCAAGAAGUGGUUCAGUGACCACCGGUAUCGGUGUCAGAGGGGCAUCGUUCACAUCACCAGCGAAUCCCUUGCCAAAGACCAGCUGGCCAUCGCAGCCGCCCGACACGGUCGCACGUACCACGCGUACCCAGACUUUGCCCCCCAGAAGUUCAAAGAGAAAACACAAGGUCAGGUUAAAGUCCUGGAAGAGAGCUUUUUGAAAAGCUCCUUUCCUACCCAAGCAGAACUGGAUCGGCUGAGGGUGGAGACCAAGCUAAGCAGGAGAGAGAUCGAUUCCUGGUUCUCAGAGAGGCGGAAGCUUCGGGACAGCAUGGAACAGGCUGUUUUGGAUUCCAUGGGGUCUGGCAAAAAAGGCCCAGAUGUGGCGGCCCCCAAUGGUGCUCUGUCUCGACUCGACCAGCUCGCGGGGGCCCAGCUAGCCAGUUCUCUGCCCAGCCCUUCACCAGCGAUUCCACAGAAUCAAGAACAGGUUCAUCUCCUGAGGAGCACGUUCGCCAGAACCCAGUGGCCCACCCCACAGGAGUACGACCAGUUAGCGGCCAAGACCGGCCUGGUCCGAACUGAGAUCGUGCGUUGGUUCAAGGAAAACAGAUGCUUGCUCAAAACUGGAACCUUGAAGUGGAUGGAGCAGUACCAGCAGCAGCCCAUUUCAGACGACCACGGCUACGAUGCCACAGCCAGGAAAGCAGCCAAACCAGCCACCGAGAGCCCCAAGAACAUAAGUGAGAUGGUACAGCAGUGUCACAAGGACCCCAAAACACUCUGCCAAGAGGACUUGGAGAAGUUGGGCCCCAGAGUGAAAGUGGGCAACGAGCAAGUGAAAGACUGUCUACCAGCCAAGCCCUCAGAGGCCACCUCGGACCGGUCAGAGGGCAGCAGCCGGGACGGCCAGGGCAGCGACGAGAACGAGGAGUCAGGUGUCGUGGACUAUGUGGAGGUGACCGUGGGAGAGGAAGAUGUCACCUCAGACAGGUCGGACAGCUGGAGUCAGACCCCAGCAGAAGGCACCACGGAACUGGCCGACUCCGACUCUGACGGCGCCCCUGCAGAGGCUGGCCAGGCCUAGACAGGGAAGUCCAGCAGAACCUCUGGGCUGAUAAAGCGGACACUCUGUCUUUGAAGAACGAAGAGAACUUCUGGGCCACGGGCCACCUCGCCAGCGACUCCAAGUGGAACUGUGUAGCCCACCUGUGCCUGGAGGGCACGGGAACCCCAGCCACCUAGCGCACCUCCCAGAGGGCCGGUGGGAAUUGUCCAUAGUGCCAAAGUCCUACACUGCAUUUUCAAUGGGUCCCUGUACAUAGUUUGCUCCGCUGCCCGGGCCCCCACCUCUUGCUAUACUGGAACUGAUUUGUACAAUGUGGGAACUUUGUUACCUUUUUAAUGGAGGGCCACUUCCUUCCCCAGCACUUCCAUUGUAAGGCUUUUUUUCCAGGAAGGGGGACUAACCACAUUACUUUUCCCUUUUUUUCUCUUUUUCUGUUUUUAUUUUUAUUUUAUUAACUGGGGGAGGGAGUAUUAGUAUUAGUGCCAUUAUAGCUACUGGAUUUUAGGUAGGGAGAAUUUAAUCUUUAAAUAAUGGUAGUUUGAAAUUUGGAAGAUUUCUUGGUGGGAAGGACUGAGGUUGGGUCUCUGUCUCAGCUCCAAGUGGGCUUCAGAUGUCAGAUCUUCCACAUCUAACCCAUUUCCAGUUCUUCCCUGCUGCCUCGGGUCCCUGCCUUGAGUCACACGCAGGCCUUUUGAACUGCCAGGAGGCGGGAGUCUGACUUCUCAACCCCUUGGCCUCGCUGAGAGACUGGAUAGCAGGUGGCUGUCCUCUUUAAGCACCUUUUUUAAAUACCAGCAGAAAGGGCUCUCAUGAUUGUUAACAUCACCAUUAAACUUACAAAAUUCAAAAAAAAAAUGAUCUUCCUCUUUAUAUGGUACACAGAUGAGAAGUUUUGGUUUUCAUUUCUCUUCUCAACUGCCUUUUUGGGUGUGGUGUUUGACAAGAUUUCAGCUUGAAGACUCACCAUGAAUUGAUUUUGUGUGUGUGUGUGUGUGUGUGUGUGUGUGUGUGUGUGUGUGUGUUGGGCCAAUUUUAGAUACCUUUGAGUGCACUUUGGUUUUGUUUUGGUUUUUUGUUUUUGUUUUGUUUUGUUUUGUUUUGUUUUGUUUUUUGUUAGUCCUAACUUUUAAAGGAAAACCAAGAGACAUAUCCGGUGUAAAUGUUGCAAUAUGAAUUAUGUUUGCCAUCCCUUUUCUGCUCUCCCACCCCCUCCCCAUUCAAGUACACUGCACAAAUAAAAUGCUAGGGAGUUUGAAUCAAAACCAGUUUUUCUAACUUGUUGCUCAUUUGUUGGAACUCAAUAAAGCAAAGACUAAACAUUUUUACAACCUU